GUGUGAAUGAGCGCGGUGUAUCUGUAUAGUUCACGGAGUCUUCAAAAAUUUAUUUAAAAAUAUUAUAUUUUUGUCAUAAGAACGGCAAGAUGAGUAGUAUAGCAGUAAAUGAUAAUUACAUAGCUGUGGCCAAAGGAAUGCGUAUUGACCGAUAUGACUCUGCGAAGCACGACUGCAUCAACAUUCCAAUAAGUAAACCUCUGGAAAACGAUUGUAUCUCUGAUAUUGUUAUUUCCCCUGACUGUAAGUACUUGGCGGUAGUAUCUUCAGUUUCAAAGCAAUUAACAGUAUUCGAAUUGCCUUUAUGGGACAACUACAAAAGUUUUACACUUCCAAGAAGUGCUAGCAAAAUAAGAUUCACUUCAGAUAAUAAACAUUUGCUAGUAGCUGAUAAAACAGGGGAUGUUCUCUUAUAUGAUAUAAAUAAUCCUAGCGAUAGUGGCACCAAACUAUUGGGGCACUUAAGCUUACUGCUGGAUGUUUUACAAACAAAUGAUGGAAAAUAUAUCAUAACCUCUGACAGAGAUGAGAAAAUCAAGGUUUCUAGUUACCCUAAUACUUAUAACAUUCAAACAUACUGUUUGGGCCACAAGGAAUUUGUGAAACAUAUUGAAAUAUUGCCUCAUGAUGAGAAUUACUUGACAAGCACUUCAGGAGAUGGAACUAUAAAAAUUUGGGACUAUUUAAAUGGAAGGCUGGUCCACACCAUAGAUGCUAAUGAUGACAUAAAGGAUGCUCAGCUGCUGGAGGACUUUGUCAAAGUUAUGAAUGAUGAUGAAAUAGAAGUAGAAAAACUACCUAUAGUUCACUACACUAUCUCUCGCUUGGAUGAUAACUCCAGUUUGCUAGUAGUGGCUGUACAUACCAGUAAUGCUUUACUACCAUAUAAGAUAGAAUCUGAAAAUAAUCAUUUCAACCAUAAAUUGUUGGAAAGAAUUACAGUAGAGAGGUUCCCGGCUGCAAUUAAAUUAUACGACUCAUCUUUGUAUCUCUAUGAUGAUAUGGAAUGUACAGUUCAAGUUUUAAAAAUAGAGUAUAAGGAGAAUAAGAUAAAUAUUCAAUCAGAUAAAGUUAUAAAGAUGUUUGAAAAAGAUGAUACAAGUAUUGACAUAAAAGAUAACAAUGAAUCUAUCAAGUUAUUGUAUAAAAGGAAAUUUGACAAUGUCCAAGAAUACCAAGAGAGGAAGAAACAAAGAUUGGAAAAAUCAGUCUCAUGAAAAAAGUGAAAAACUGUAAAAUAUCAGUUCAACCAGAUAAGUUUAUUAUUUUCAGUAGGUACAGUCAAACAGCAAUGUGAAGUACACAUUUUAUACAAAAAUAAUUGAAACAUAAGUAAUGUUGGAACAGUCAUUAAUAAAGCUAACAAGUUAAUUCUAAGCAGUUUCAUUUUAUUUUUAUACUAAGAAAA